CUACCCGUUACCCAAAAUAGCAAAAACCCCUUCAAAACAAUAAUAUAUCUCCGCCUCUAAUAAUUUCAACAACAAUUGAGAGAUUCAAUCUUCUUGUUCUUCAAUUGUAGAUGAUUCGACGAGCUAAUGGGGAAGAAAGGGGGAUGGUUUUCGGCGGUGAGGAAGGUUUUUAACGCUACUAGCGAUUCGAAGGAAAAGAAAGAAAAGAAAACUAGGAAAAGUAGUUCUAAGAAAUCAUGGUUUGGAAAGCAAAAGAAUAUCGAAUCGGAUUCUUCACAAGCAGAAUCUGCAUUUGCCACUCCUGCACUUCUUUCUCCUCCAGCUGAAAGGGAUGAUGACCUCAAGUUUGUGGAACCCGGGGCUGAGACGAGUGGGCCCACUGGACCGACUGAACCAGAACAUGAGCGAAAGAAACCCACAAAGCCUGAGAAUGAUCUGAGCAAACCCAUAAAACCCGUGACUGAGCAGAAGAAACCCACAAAGCCAGAGAAUGAGCAAAGCAAACCUGCUCAUACCAUUGGCUUCGCGACUGCACGGGCAGCGGCAGCGGCAGCAGCUAUUCGACGCUUCUUGGGUAAGUCCAAGGAGGAAGUAGCGGCCAUUAAAGUUCAGGCAGCUUUUCGUCGUUUCUUGGCUAGAAGAAAGUUACGCGCUUUGAAAGGGCUUGUGAGAUUAAAAGCGUUGGUUCAAAGCCAAUCGGUGAAAAGACAAGCAGUAACCACCUUAAGAUGUAUGCAGACUCUGGCCCGUGUACAGUCUCAAGUUCGAGCAAGGAGGAUUCGAAUGUCGGAAGAGAACCAGGCCCUUCAGAGACAGCUUAUGCAGAAACGCGAGAGAGAGCUCGAGAAUAUGAAAUACCAAGAAUUAGCAUACUCGUAUUUGGAUCAAUCAAACAAAGAAAGAGGGUUAGAAAUGGAACCAGCUUAA